CUGUCAUUAUCAAGUGAUUUAACUUAACCAUAAAUUAUAUUAUUUUCAAACAGAUUUUUGUAAUUAAUUAAUGAGUUUUAUUAAAAUUUAAAAAAUGGAUCCGGCUUUAUUGAAAGAGAGAGAAUUAUUUAAAAAAAGAGCGUUAUCUACUCCUGCUGUCGAGAAAAAGAAGACUGAGUCGAAAUCAGAACCUGUAAGGGAUGACAAGAAGAAGUUUAAAUCUUCUAGUGGGACUAAUAGUGCUCCCAAAUUGGAUAUAAAUAGUUACAAGACUGCUACAGGAAGUUCUCAAUAUCGUUUCGGAGUUUUGGCAAAAAUAGUGAAGCAUAUGAGAACUAGACAUCAAGAGGGAGAAACAUAUCCUUUAACGUUAGAAGAAAUUUUAGACGAAACAAAUCAGCUUGACGUAGGCAAUAAAGUUAAACAGUGGCUGCAGACGGAAGCUUUAGUUAAUAAUCCAAAAAUAGAAGUAACUCCAGAUGGAAAGUUCCUAUUCAAGGCUUUAUAUAAGCUGAAAGAUCGUAAAAGCUUAUUAAAACUCUUAAAACAACAAGAUCUGAAAGGUUUAGGUGGAGUAUUAUUAGAUGAUGUGCAGGAGUCAUUACCGCAUUGUGACAAAGCUUUAAGGAUAUUGCAAAAUCAAAAUGAAAUUAUAUUUAUUACUAGGCCGAUAGAUAAGAAAAAAGUAUUAUUUUAUAACGAUAGAACAGCUAGUCUACCUAUCGAUGAGGAAUUUCAGAAAUUGUGGAGAUCGGUGGCUGUAGAUGCUAUGGAUGAUGCUAAAAUUGAGGAAUAUUUAGAUAAACAAGGAAUUCGAUCAAUGCAAGAUCACGGACCUAAAAAACCAAUUGCGCCAAAAAGAAGUAAAUCGGGUCGUCGCAAAAAAGUAUUUAAGAAGCCAAGAGACAAUGAACAUUUGGCAGAUCUCCUUGAAACCUAUGAAAAUGAUACGUUAACUCAAAAGAAUACAGUUUGAAAUUAUCUUUGUUUCAUAUUGUUUAAGUGUUUAGAUUAUAAUGUACUGUGAACUAUUCCGAUUAAAAAAAAUGUUUUGUAA